CCCCGGACCAAGAUGGCGGCGGUGGAGACGCAUCUCACACGCCGGAUAUGGUAUCUACGUAUUUAUAGCUAUGCGUUUAAUGCUCAAUACAGACCACAGACCAGCAGCGGAGGAUGGAGCCGAGUUAAAUGAAUGAGAUGCGGGCUGAUAGAGACCAGACAUAAUUUGAAUCUUGGCUUGAAGCUUGGCUGAACUACGUUAACAGUUGAGUGAAUCAUAAGUUAAAUUGGCUAGUUGCACACACAUUAGCCCUAUACAUUCUUCGGUUAACAUCGACGUCGGUGAAGCAGAGCUGUCUUGGAGGAUGUUAAAGCCUGGGAUAUAUGCACCAAGUGUUUUUAGUGUUUUCUUCACAAAAACCGGAGAUGAAGCUUUCUCUCGAAAGAAGAUGUCCUCCAUCGCAAAGCGGCGUUAAAGGUCUGGAUUUGCGGCAGUUAGACAACUCAAAUAACGUUACCACUCUUGGUUUUAUCAAUUUAAUUUAAUGGCACAGCGGACUGCUUCAAGAAAGAGCCAACGACUAUAAGUGGGAUUUAUGAACACUCUGUUUAUUGAGUCUUAUUGUUAGUUUCUUUCGACAUUUUCUAUUUGCAUUUAAAAAGGCAACCUCAGGAGCUUAAUUUGGUUAUAAACCACACUGCCUUUCCUGUCAGCGUUGCCCCGAGUUUAGCUCCGUAAUCCUCCUUUGUGAGUUUUAUUUAGCUAAGGGUUGCAACUACUAGUUGGCGUCAGUGCUACUUCGUUUAUCGUGCAUGCACAGACACGUUUACUUGGAUGGAAUCACCAAACAAAAAUGUACCAGAGGGCAUUACAACAACACCAAGCCCAUGUCUGGACUGAGAAGAGCACCAUGGCUCCGCUGCCCGUGAAGCCACAACAACCACAGCGGCUUUAGUUGGACACAGAGGGGAUCAAAAACUAGCCUCCAGUCUGUUCACACCGCCCUCCAGAGACCACCGAGAGGAUCAUUUUCGAUUCAACUGAAGCCAGCAAAAUCCAGCAAAAAUGGGAGAGCAGCCCAUCUUCAGUACCCGGGCCCACGUCUUCCAGAUUGACCCAAACACCAAGAAGAAUUGGGUUCCCACCAGUAAACAUGCUGUCACGGUCUCCUACUUCUUCGACUGUACCAGGAAUGUAUAUCGAAUCAUCAGUCUGGAUGGUUCUAAGGCCAUUAUCAACAGCACCAUCACCCCCAACAUGACGUUCACCAAGACCUCGCAGAAGUUUGGCCAGUGGGCCGACAGCCGGGCGAACACCGUCUACGGCCUCGGCUUCUCAUCGGAGAGCAACCUGGCCAAGUUUGCAGAAAAGUUUGCUGAGUUCAAGGAGGCAGCACGAAUAGCAAAGGAGAAGUCUCAGGAGAAGAUGGAGCUCACCAGCACUCCCUCUCAGGCUGGUGCUGUAAAAAGGAAUGUGUUUUCAGUCAGCAAAGCUGGUAAAAAGAAGCAGGAGUCGGCCCCUGGUGAUCUGCAGUCACCUUUGACCUCCGAGAGCAUCAAUGGUACAGAUGAGGAGAGGGCCCCACCAGACACAACGCAGCAUGCCGAACCCAGAGCAGAGCCUUCCCAGAAUGCACUGCCCUUCUCACAAAGUUCGUCCAACAUCAGUAAGCACUGGGAGGCAGAGCUGGAGGCCCUCAAAGGGAACAACGCCAAGCUGACGGCGGCUCUGCUCGAGUCCACGGCCAACGUCAAACAGUGGAAACAACAGCUGGGGGCCUAUCAGGAAGAAGCCGAGAGGCUACACAAACGGGUGACAGAGCUGGAGUGUGUGAGCGGCCAAACAACAGUGAUUAAAACCCAAAAGACCGAACUCAACCAAACGAUAGAAGAGCUGGAGUCGGCUUUGAAGGCCAAGGAGGAGGAGUUGGAGAGACUCAAAGCAGAGGUGGAGAGUGCCAACGAGUUUCAGUCUCAAAAAGACUCCCUUACACAGAAACUACAGGACGUGGAGUUGAGGAACCAGACGCUGGAGGCCCAGCUGAACAAUCUGGAGCAGCGUCUGGAGAGCAACCAGCUUGAGAGGGAAGCCUUUCGCAGCAGCUUGCGUUCACUGCUGGAGCUGCUGGACGGGAAGAUCUUCGAGCUGACGGAGCUGCGGGACACGCUGGGGAAGCUCCUCCAGAACAUCUAGAGAGGCGAACGCGUCCUCGCCAACGUCCCCACAGCCAGCGCUCGGAGGGGGAGGAACAACCCGCAUGUUGGCAUUCACGUCGUCACUGACAUGUAACUUGAAAGUAGUUUUUUUUCACAUGCAUACGAUACGUGUAAAAGUUUACACACAAAAUUAUGCAUUAACGGUACACACUUGUUUUGCUACGUCGGAUCGGUACACGUUUACAAACGAGCCAAGCAAAAGAGGCUUUGCUUGGACCAUGCCUUCCCUCCGCUCCACUCUGGAAGAUUCUUAACACGAAAAACUCCAAAUGAAUCCGUUUUGAUUGUUUUUGUUUGUUACUUGAAUAUCCAUUGCGGGGAAAUUUCGACUUUUGCUCUUUCAAUCAUGCAAACUUUUAUUAAUUAAAGACCAGCUGCACAUUUUUUCCUGAGCUUCGCUUUGGUGCAUUCUGCCGUCACCUGGAGCCAACGAUUGUCGUCUCCCAUCUUUUUUUGUCAUCGUCAGCCAAAUGAACAUUUGGGAGUCAGAUGAGAAGGACUCAGUUUAAGUUAUUCAUACUCUGGAAGGUGACAGGGCGCUUCGAACAUCUUAAGAGACAAAUGUUCCUCCCGUGACUUAAAUUCACAGAGGGACUGCCAAAAAAAACAAAGCCAGAGGAGAACUUUGUCUUAUAUUCUUGUACGAUAUAUGAGCAAUACAAAAAAGGGAGAAUCAGAGGGUAAAUAAACACUUUCCACUCUCACUUUCAGGUAAUUUUUCCUCCUCUCGGAUAUGUUUAGACCACAAGCGAGAUUGUAUUCACUUUCUUUCUAUACACUUUUUUUUUAAAGAAUAUAAACAGAUUCAUUGUGCACUUGUAAAAAUGGGGUUUGUGUGUUUUGAGUGAAAAUGUCUUUCUCCUCUUGAAGGUUAAUGACUGAAUCCUUUUUGUUAUUAAUUUAUUAUCAACUGUUACUGAAGAUAAGUUGUACAAAAACAAAGAUCUUUAUUUACAUCUCGUUUUCACUUAAUCUUUUUUUAUUGUCUGGUACGUGGGUGUCAGGUAGUUUUUUUUGUGUGUGGAAAAACUGGCAAUAUUUUUGAACUAUUUAUGAAAAUGACAUGAGAAUAUAACAACCUGCGAUCGCAGGUUGGACUUGCAGAGAAUCUUUUUUCUUUUGCCAAAUAACCUUUUUCCUGUACAGAUUAGAAUAGUUGCUGAUGUUGCCUUUGGUACAGAGAUGCAUCAAGAGUAGCUACCUAGCAGUACUUUGUUUUGUGGGAUUUACUAUUGCCAAAAAUUCAGCGACGAUAAGAUGAAUAGUAUAUACACAUGAAGAACACUAUUUAAGGGCUUGUUGGUGGUUCGGGUACAUUUGGGAGACUUGAACGAUUUUAGCAGUGACUUUCUCAUGUUGAAAAUUACGACUAUUACAGCUCAAAAGGGAA